GGCUGAAUCAUCCAUGACCGUGAAUUGAAAAUCGAAAAUGGCCCUUUCAGAUUUUACCCACACGCUCACAACUCACAAACAAGAUUAUACAGUAUCUACUCAGCAUCCCCCAUCACCCACACAUUAAUUAAAACUCAACGACACCAUACCACCCUUUCCAAUUUCCAAUUCCAAAUCAUCGCUGUUGCCAUCAACCAUAAAAAAAGUUAUCAACUUUUGAAUUUCCCAGCUCAAAUUCACUUGUUUCGCUUAUUGGGUCAUCUCCGAGCUAUGCGUGGAGCUGAAGGUGAAGCUGGUGGAGGUGGUUGUGCCGUCAGAGGCGGUAAUAUCUACUGGGGAAGAAAAGAUGCCACUGAUUUCAAAGGAAUCGUUGUAAUCUUUGCUUGGAUUUCUGUUCCACACACCCUGUUACGAGAUUUCGUUGAUCUAUACUCAUCUUUGGGUUGGAAUUCCCUUGUUUGUUAUGCCAAUUAUCUCUCCGCAUUCCACGAUGAAAGUGCCAUGCCAUUGGCAUUUUGUGUUCUUGAUGAACUUAUUGAGGAUUUAAGCAAAAAAAUUCCUUGGAGUAUGCAGGAGCUGACAACUAGGUCCUGUCCUGUCGUAUUUGCUGCUUUUUCUGCUGGGUCAAAAGCCUGUCUGUACAAGGUAUUUCAGCUUAUUGAUGGAAGAUGUGAAGCUCCGCCCUACUUGCGUAAAUAUCAAUUGCUUAGGAACUGUGUUUCUGGACACAUAUAUGAUUCUGGUCCGGUAGAUGUUACAAGUGAUUUUGGCUUCCGCUUUGCUCUACAUCCUUCCAUUGCAAAAGUGCCUGGACCAUCAAAGCUUGUUUCUUGGGUAGCAAAGUCUGUUGCUUCUGGUUUAGAUGCUUUAUACCUAACUAGAUUUGAAUCCCUAGCUGCUGAACAUUGGCAUGCUUUAUAUUCUUCUGUUAAUUUUGGAGCUCCAUUUCUAAUUUUCUGUUCUGAGAAUGAUGAUCUUGUUCGAUACCAAAGUAUCUAUGAUUUUGCCCAACGUUUACGCAAUCUCAAUGGUGAUGUCAACCUCGUAAAUUUGAGUAGCUCCUCUCACGUCGGUCAUUACAAACAUCAUCCAAUCCAAUAUAGAGCAGCAGUGAGCCAUCUAUUGGAGAAGGCUGCUUCAAUAUAUUCGCAAAAAGUGAUACUUGAACGAGAAAGAACUGGUAUGGAUGGUUCGCAGGAUGAGAUAUCUGAGUUAAUCUGUGACCUGCAAAAGGUGGCAAUUAAUUCAAAUAAGAGCCUUAGAAGAGUUGCACUAGGGCCAACCGAUCACUUCUUUUUGCCUAGUUCAGCGGGACAUUACAAUGAUAGACAAACUGGGACUCCACAAGAUGAACAGAAGGAAAAACCUGUUUGUCUGCCCAGCUCUCCAAGCAUCAGUGCUCAUAGUGUCCUUGGCCAAUUUCUUUUUGAUGUUUGUGUCCCUAAGAAUGUUGAGGGUUGGGAUGUGAAGUUUUCUGGGAAUCUGAAUGGGAGGUUGUGUGCUUCAGCUCCUAGGCAUUCACCUUUCAGAGGGAUUAAACGCAUCGGUCGCUCCAGGUUAUGAAGUUGUUCUUAUAUCUGACUUGGGGGGAUAACUUGUUUGAAAAUCAGAAAUUUUCCAAGACAUUACUGGAAAAUAUGAUAGAUUUUGGUGGAACAAUGUGCCGCUAUAUCUGGCAGGGGAAGUGUAAUGGUUGCAAUGGUACAACUGUUAGUUACUCGGCACUUUGAGAAUAGGAGGGAUGAUAUGGAUAAAAGGUUGCUUGAGUUCCAUCCCAUCUUAGAUAAUAUUUUCAAUGAACUUGUAGUACAUAUUAUACCCACUUAAACCAAAAACACAUCCAUUCACUAAGAUCAUUUACAGUUAUUUUCUUGACAACUUCUUCAUAAAUGCUGUUAGGUGAGUGGAUGUGGGUUUAGUUUGUACUACAAGGAGUACGGAAAAUAUUUUCUGCGUCUGAUUACCCUUAGGAAUAAACGGGUGAUCAUGACUGUUGUCACCCCUAAAGUAGAGCUUAGUGGUUGAUGCUUGGCUAGGGUAACCAUUCACUGUAAUGGCAUGAAAUGGGAUAUACUGUGUACUAAGGUAUUUGUAACUGAAGGUUGGGCUAGCUGGUUAUUAUGAAAAUAGCUGUAGCCUGUAUAUAUUAUUUAUACACUUCUGAGGGAAUAAAAUAUAUCAUGUUU